UAAAAGCUCUGCAAGUCUGCAAUAAAAAUGGCCUCCAAUAAAACUACAUUGAAAUCCAAAACAUUUGUCUUUAAGUGACAAGAAUUAGUGAAGCCGAAAAGAGUACCAGAAAACAAUCUUCCAUUGAAUCAAAGAAAUUUAGUCCAACGGAGAACAAAGAUGGAGAUGUUUCCCACUUGUAGCCUGCUUGCCUCAUCACCACACAAAAUGGGAAAGAAACAGAAUGGCAAAGGUAAAAAAGUUGAAGAGGCAGAGCCUGAAGAAUUUGUUGUGGAGAAAGUCCUGGACAGACGUGUUGUAAAUGGAAAGGUGGAAUACUACUUGAAGUGGAAAGGAUUUACAGAUGCUGACAACACAUGGGAACCUGAAGAAAACUUAGAUUGUCCAGAGCUAAUUGAAGCUUUUCUGAACUCUCAGAAAGCUGGUAAAGAAAAGACAGAUGGUGCCAAAAGAAAAUCUUUGUCAGAUAGCGAAUCUGAUGAUAGUAAAUCAAAGAAAAAGCGUGAUUCUGUUGAUAAACCAAGAGGGUUUGCCAGGGGUCUUGAUCCUGAGCGGAUAAUUGGGGCUACAGACAGCAGUGGAGAGCUUAUGUUCCUCAUGAAAUGGAAAGACUCUGAUGAGGCAGAUCUGGUGCUGGCCAAAGAAGCUAACGUGAAGUGUCCUCAGAUCGUAAUCGCUUUUUAUGAAGAGCGACUAACUUGGCAUUCAUGCCCAGAAGAUGAAGCACAAUAAUUGUUUGCAUUGCUUUUUUUAUAUAUAUGAAUAUUAAAACAUGAAAUGUGAUUUAUUAGCAAUGUGAGAAGCGUACAUUCUAACAAGAAUCAAAUUUGAUAUUUUUUUGAAGUAGUAUGUUUUGCAUCAACAGCAAGUAAAUAAAAGCUUUCUGCAACUUGUUUCAUUUAUCACAAGAGAGCAUUUGAUACUACUACUUCCUCCAUGUUAGGUAAAAGCUUUUAUAAAACAUAAACUUCCAUAAUUAUUACAGAAUCAUAAUGAAUGUCUAAACAAACUCGCAGAUGUUUUGUAGUCUUUUAUACUAUUGAUGUGCAUGUAUCUUCUUUACUCAAACCUAGCCCUUUAAACCUGUAGAAUCAUUCUUUUUAGUAUUUGAGAUCACUUGGUUUCACCAAGACCGGGUGAAAACUAACUUCAUAACAAUUUGAAUGUUAUCAGAAAGGACCGAUUUGGCUUAACCUGGC